CUCUUUUUUCAAAGCAACCUCUCUUCAUUUAUAAGCAACCCAACCAACAAAAAAAAAAAUCUCUCUCAUUCUCUUUACGUCAAAAAGGCUUCGAUCUCAAUAAUGGACAGACGUAACCCUUUCCACCAUCACCACCACCACCAUCAGCUUCAUCACCUGAUUCAACAGCAGCAGCUUCCUCCACCGCCGCAGAGCACGAUGGCGGCGAUGGAUCCCGGCGGCGGAGGAGGAGGAGGGGAGAGAAUCCCACAGUGGAGCAUAGAGGAGACAAAGGAGCUUUUGGAUAUAAGAGAAGAGCUUGAUCAGACUUUCAUGGAGACCAAACGUAAUAAGCUUCUUUGGGAAGUCGUAGCCGCUAAAAUGGCCGACAAGGGUUUUGCCCGGAGCGCAGAACAGUGUAAGAGCAAGUGGAAGAACCUCGUCACUAGAUACAAGGCGUGUGAAACGACUGAGCCAGAAGCUAUAAGGCAACAAUUUCCAUUCUUCAACGAGAUCCAGUCGAUUUUCGCAGCAAGAAUGCAAAGAAUGUUGUGGUCAGAACCAAGCACUUCUUCGAAGAGAAAACAUCAUGAGUUUUCAUCUGACGAAGAAGAAGAAGAAGAAGAAGAAGAGGCUGAGGAGCCAAAUCAAGACAUCAACGAGGAAUUAUUGUCCCUCGUAGAGACACACAAGAAAGAGGUAGACGUGAUUACCGCUAGUACUUCUACUAAUCCAAGAAAACGUGCGAAAAAAGGAAAAGGCGUUACCGGUAGUGCCAAAGCUGAAAACGCGGGUAGUACAUUGAAAAUGCUAUUGGAGGACUUUAUGAAGCAAACGGUGAAGAUGGAUAAUGAAUGGAGAGAUGCGUGGGAGAUGAAGGAGAAAGAAAGAGAGAAGAGAGAGACGGAGUGGCGGAGGAGAAUGGCGGAGCUAGAGGAGGAGAGAGCGGCCGCAGAGAGGAGGUGGAUGGAGAGAGAGGAAGAGAGGCGGUUGAGAGAAGAAGCUAGGGCACAGAAGAGAGAGACUCUCAUCGAUGCUUUGCUUAACAAGCUUAAUAGAGAUCAUGACGAUGAUCGUCAUCAAGGCUUCUAAUUUUUAAUAAUUUUAUUUAAGAAUGAGUUAAUUAGCUACUAGUUGCUUUGUUAGUUCAAUCUCUUCUAAGUCAUAUAUAAUUAAUGUUUGUUUUAUUUAUAUGAACAACUGAAAGUUGAAAACGACAUAAAGAAGAUCAAAAUCUGCAUGAUAUAUAUCAUAUGACAUGAAAAUAGGAUUGUUAAUUACAAUAAAGUCUCGAUACCGAGGCUGGUUUACUUGGAAACUCGACAAAAUGCGAUCGGACUUGGGGUCGGAUUUCGUUUUGAUACUGAAAUUGAAUUUCUUG